AUGGGAAGCGGAAGGUAUCUAGACGACCCUUUAACCUUCACUAGAAACCCACCCUCGUCUUCGUCUCCCAUCACCGUAUCCAACCAUCUCGACAGCUUUCUCGGCGAAUCCACCUCUCGCUCUGGAAGCUUCGAAAGUGAGAGCAUUAGCGACGCCGAUUUCGGCCCUGAGAUACUCGCCGGGUCCGUACAGUUCUACGAGAGACAUGUCUUCUUGUGCUACAAAAAACCCUCCGUUUGGCCAGCGAGGAUCGAGGCGUCGGAGUUCGAUCGCUUACCGAGGCUGCUCUCUUCCGUCGUCUCCGCGAGGAAGAGUAGUAUGAAAAAGGAGACUCUACUCACAAUAUGUGAGGGCCAUGAUGGAACAGAGACAUCGAAUGGGGACGUUCUGAUAUUUCCGGAUAUGAUCAGAUACAGAAGGUUGACUCAUUUUGAUGUCGACACAUUUGUCGAAGAGGUUCUUGUAAAAGAUGUUGAGUGGUUGCCUGGAAAUCCUGAACGCCUAAGUGGUUCGUAUGUCUUUGUAUGUUGUCAUGGUUCCCGAGAUCGGCGUUGUGGGGAUUUUGGACCGUCUCUGGUUAGUAGAUUCAGAGAAGAAAUUGAGUUAUGUGGUCUUCGAGGUGAAGUUUCGGUCAGCCCUUGUUCUCACAUAGGUGGUCACAAAUACACUGGAGAUGUUAUCAUCUACGGAUCAAACAUCAACCAGAGAGUCACAGGACACUGGUAUGGGUUUGUGACUUUAGAAGAUGUACCUCAACUGUUGGAGCAACAUAUCAACAAAGGAGAAAUUGUGGACCGGCUUUGGAGGGGUGAAAUGGGUCUGUUAGAAGAAGAUCAGAAGAAAACUCAAGAACAAAGGUUCCAAGAACAAAAUGGCGAAAUGAUCAGCAACAGAGAAGUGAUUCAAGAAUCAGCUAAUCGCCAGUCCCGAGCUGUCCCAGAGCUUAAUGGUGAUUAUUGCCAACAGAUGGAGAACCACACACAGAAUAUAACCUCGGAAAGAGACAUCUCUGUCAAAAAUGCAUCUUUUGUGAUAAGUAGAAGCAAGAACGGAUCUUCUUGUGGAGCCAAGGUUUGUGCUGCGUUGUCAAUGUGGUUGGAGAAUUGGGAGAGAGAAGAUACAUAUGCUGCUUUAUCCGUUGCUUGUGCUGCUGCAUCUGUGGUUAUUGCUUAUAACUGCUAUAAACAGUUGAAAUGA